GCUAAACGUCGCAAUUCACCUCAAACUACAUUUUGCUCUCUCACUUUUUUCUUGCGCAUCAUCACGAAAGCUCGAACAAACGCCCUGCGAGGCUGCGCGUAGCCCAGCAUGGACAGCAAUGCUUACACCGUCGUCGCUCCUCUAGAUGACCAGACGGAGCUGCAACCGAGCGAAGCGCGCGCUAUUCUUCAAAAAGCCGACGAUGACCUCAAACUGGAUGUUCUCCGGCGCAUCAUUGUGGCCACGCUCAACGGCAGUCCUCAGCCGUCGUUGCUCAUGCCGAUCAUCCAGUAUGUCUUGCCCUCGCGAAGCAAGCCGCUAAAGAAGAUGCUGCACUUCUACUGGGAAGUGUGCCCCAAGUACGAUGAUCAGGGCAAGCUGAAGCAAGAGAUGAUUCUCGUCUGCAACGCCAUUCGAAACGAUCUCCAGCAUCCCAACGAGUACAUUCGAGGUAGCACGCUUCGAUUCUUGCAAAAGAUUCGAGAACCAGAACUCCUCGAACCUUUGAUCCCCACCAUCCUCACCAACUUGGAACACCGACACUCCUAUGUUCGGAAAAAUGCAGUCUUGGCUAUCUGGGUCAUCUCGCAGAGGCACUCGCACUUCUUUGGGGAUGUGAGCGAGAUCAUGGAAACUUUCUUGGCUGCGGAACAGGAUGCUACGUGCAAGAGGAAUGCCUUCACCUUUUUGACGCAGGCAGACGCACCCAAGGCUGUCGAGUAUGUUCUGUCGCAGUUCGAAGCCAUUCCAAGCAUGGACGAACUGAUGCAGCUCGCCGUCAUCGAGCUCAUUCGCAAAGAGUGCAAGGGGGAGAGCCCCAACAGGAACAAGUACAUUCAAGCCAUCUCUGAGCUCCUCUCUGCGCCUAGCCAUGCAGUCAAGUACGAGGCAGCCAUCACUCUCACCUCCCUGACGCAAAACGCAGCGGCCAUCAAAGCGACAGCCUCAGCGCUCAUCGAGCUCGUGGUCAAGGAGUCUGACAAUAACGUCAAGUUGAUCGUGCUCUCGAGGCUUGACUCGCUCAGGCAGCGGCAUGAUCACGUCAUUGACCCUCUCGUCAUGGAUCUCUUGCGUGUCCUCUCGUCACCCGAUAUGGACGUGCGUCGCAAGGCGCUCAACAUCUCUCUGGAUAUGGUGUCUUCCAGGAACGUUGAAGAAGUGGUCCAGUUCCUGAAGAAGGAAUUGCAAAAGACAGUGGAGGGAGCUGGCACUGGCUUCGAGAAGAAUAUCGAGUAUCGCCAGUUGCUUAUCCAAUCCAUCCACACUUGCGCCAUCAACUUUUCGGAGGUUGCGUCAUCUGUCGUGCACGUCCUCAUGGAGUUCCUCGGAGACAGCUCGAAUCCUUCUGCGGUGGACGUCAUCGCUUUCGUCAGAGAGGUAGUGGAGAAGUUUCCGAGUCUCAGAAGCAGCAUUGUGGAGAAGCUGCUGCAGACCUUUGGAGACAUCAAGAGUGGAAAGGUCUUCCGAGGCGCGCUUUGGAUUGUGGGCGAGUACGCAAGCACGAUUGACGACGUCAAGGAGGCCGCUCAGCAGAUCCGAAAGGUCAUUGGCGAAGUGCCCAUCUUGGCUGCAGAAGAGAGAUUACUCGCUCAAGCGGAAGACGCCGGCGCUUCGGCACAGGUUGCCGCCUCUGAGGCUGCCGCUGCUGCUGCCCCCGUCACCAAAACCCGGGUUCUGGCAGAUGGUACAUACGCAACAGAAACCGCGUUCUCUUCGGAGGCUAAUGCGGACGCUCGACUGCAGGCAGUCAAGAACGCUUCCAAACCUCCUCUCAGGAGCUUGAUCCUGCUCGGAGACUUUUAUACUGCCACGGUCCUGGCAUCCACCCUGACCAAGCUGGUCCUCCGAUUCGCAUCUCUUAGCUCGGAUGCGGCCGCCAAGAAUGCUCUCAGGGCCGAGGCAAUGCUCAUCAUGACUUCCGUCGUUCGCGUUGGACAGAGUAAAUUUGCUCAAGCACCCAUCGACGAAGACUCGACCGAGAGAAUCAUGACUUGUGUGCAGACGCUCGCCACUGCUUCUGUGCACGAGGACGAGGAGGAUGUUGAAGCGUCGGAAGUCUUUUUGCAGGACACAAAGGCAGCUUAUGCCUCCAUGGUUGCAGCUCAAGAACGCAAAGCAGAAGAAAAGAGGGCGAAAGAGUCCAAAGCUGUCAAAGUGCAACCCGACGAUGUCAUUGGCUUCAGGCAACUCAACAAAAAGGGAGCGACUGCGCCUGGCGUCGAUACUGGUUUGGAAGACUACGAAGCUGACGUCAAGAAAGCUACGGGCGGCGCCGUCGGCGCGAAAGACGACUUCAUCUCCAAGCUGCAACGAGUCGUUCAGCUUACGGGCUUUUCGGAUGCGGUCUACUCUGAAGCGUACGUCAAUGUCCACCAGUUCGACAUUUUACUCGACGUUCUGGUCGUCAAUCAGUCCAACGAGACUUUGCAGAACCUCUCCAUCGAAUUUGCAACGCUAGGCGAUCUCAAGCUUGUGGAACGGCCGACUUCGCACACGCUUGCGCCGUACUCGUUUCAAAGCAUCAAGGCGACGAUCAAAGUUUCGUCGACCGAGACUGGUGUCAUCUUUGGAAACAUUGCGUACGAGUCGGGCAUCACGGGCGAUGCCAAGGUCGUGGUGCUCAAUGAUAUUCAUGUCGACAUCAUGGAUUACAUUCACCCUGGCACUUGCACCGAGAGCGCCUUCAGGUCCAUGUGGACAGAGUUUGAGUGGGAGAACAAAGUCAAUGUCAACACGAACAUUACCAAUCUGCGUGCAUACUUGAAUCACCUCAUGGCAAGCACCAACAUGGCUUGCUUGACACCAGAAGCCUCUUUGGCUGGGGAAUGCGGUUUCUUGAGCGCCAAUCUGUACGCGCGGACCUCGUUCAACGAAGAUGCCCUCGCCAAUCUCAGUCUGGAACAGGAAGUUGAGGGAGGACCCAUCACUGGUCACAUCCGAAUCAGAAGCAAAGGGCAAGGCUUGGCUCUUGCUUUGGGAGACAAAUGCACAUUGGCAAUGCGCAAGGCGACCGAGGGUGAUGCGAACAGUAACGGCAGUGCACUUGACGCCCCUCAAUCUCUCACCGCGUCCGUCGCUGCAUGAACCGCUUCGGACUGAGUUGCAGUUCUUCCAUUG